AUGUUGCUAGUCUAGCAUGAAAAGUUGCUAAAUCUAGCAACAAAAUGACUUCCUGUAGAUGAAAAGUCCCGGUGCUCUGCUGCAGUGUUUGUGCUGUUGAUCUCCGGAGUGACAGAUGGCAGUCAAGUGUCCAUCAGCGCCUUUCUGACUGACCCCAGAACAGACAGAGAGAGAGAGAGAGAGACACACACACACACACACACACGCACACACACACACACACACACGCACACACACACACACACACACACACACACACACACACACACACGAGCGGACUGACUGACAGGAGUUAAAGCAGAAGUGAAGCAGCGAUAUCUGUGUGUCUGUAGUUUGAGAUUGCUGGGCUGUGAGUGUGUUUGUGAUGGGGGCGUCUCUGUGCCGGACAGACAGCUGGCUAUUGGCUGUCCCGGGUCGCAGACGCAGCGCUCAUAAAGGCUGUCUGACGGGUGGAGAUGAGUCUCUGGAUGGGCUGGACCGACAGGAGGACAUUGCUCAGUUCCCCUAUGUGGAGUUCACGGGCCGCGACAGCAUCACCUGCCCCACCUGCCAGGGCUCCGGACGCAUCCCAGCAGGGCAGCUGAAUGAGUUGGUUGCUCUGAUUCCCUACAGCGAUCAAAGGUUACAGCCUCGGAGAACGAAGCUGUAUGUGGUGCUGUCAGUAAUUCUGUGUCUGCUGGCAUCUUUUCUGGUGGCUUUCUUCCUGUUUCCGCGUCCUGUGCUGGUGGUGGAUGACGGCAUCCGCUCGGUGACUGUGCACUUUGACAGAAACAACAGUAAAGUGCUCAUCAACAUGACGAGCUCGCUGAACUUCACCAACUCUAAUUUCUUCACGGUGUGGGUGGACAGUGUGAGCUGUCAGGUGCUCUACAUGAAGACCGUCAUUGGCUCUCAGCAGCUGGAUAACGUCAUCCACAUUCAGCCCCUCAGCCAGAGACAGGUCAACUUCACUGUCAGGAUGGAGAUCGGAGGAAGUCUGUCUUAUGUUUAUGCUUUUUGCACAAUGGCCACCAUCAAGGUCCACAACAUCGUGGUGUUCAUGCAGACCUCAGUGAAAACCUCCUACAUGGUGCGAGCGGGACAGAAUACUGUGGAAACGUACCGCUACAUCGACUGCGGCUCAAACUCCACCGUGCACCAGCCGUCAGGACUCGCCUGGUCUAAACCUCAGAACGGGAAACUGCUGAGGUGAAAACUCAGCCGGUAGACGCUCGCUCAUUUCUCAGAAGGCAGCUCCGUUUCUUUCAUUCCUUUCACUGUAAAAACUCAAAACAUCCAAUAUGAUGUACAAUAUCCCUGAAUCCAUCUCUCAGUACAGAUGCUGCAGUACAGGCGUCUCUUAGUUAGAGUUUAGUCUUGUUUCUUGCCCAAAUAUCUAAAAAUCAAGAAGCAUUUUCUAGACCAGCACUAAAUGUAGUGUUGUUUUCAGAAAUAACGAGUCAAAAUGAAGAGAGAUUUUCCUUAAAGCAAGCAAAAUAAUCUGCCAAUGAUAGAAGCAGAAUGCUCUUGAUGUCACUUAUGAUCUAAGAUUAUUUCACUUCCUCCAUUGUCAGAUUACUAUGCUUGUUUUAAGGAGAAACUCUUCAUUUUGACUUAUUAUUUCUGAAAACAAGACUAUUUAUUAGUCAUUUAGGAAAUGCUCUUGAUUUUAGAGUUUGGACUUGAAACAAGACACUCAAAGUAAGAGAAGCAUGUGUUGCAGUGUGCUCGAAAGGGCUCUGCUUUCAUUGAUAGUGUCUAGCUUUAUCAUCUAUAAGAGUUGCUGUACAUUUAUUUUUACAGUGAUUUGACCAAAAGGGACAUUAUAUUUAAUUAUUGACAGGAUGCUGAUGUGCACUUUAAAAUACCUGUUGCUUUGUAAAUUAUUAUAUAUUUUUCUUGAUGCGAAAUGUCUGUCGUUGUGUUUGUAAUGUCCAAUAAUUAAUCUGAUUUCUGCUGAUUAUUUCGCUUAUUGAUUCAUUUUGUUCUGCAGUAUAACUCAACAUUAAUUCAUCAGUCAGAAUAACAAAUAAUCAGAAUAUAAUAGACUUUAUACUUUAUAGAAUUAUUUAUACCCCCGACAGAUUCUGACUUAAAGUUACUUUUAUUCAACCUGCAAGUGUUGUUUUCUCUGUGAAUGACCCAGGCUUCUCCUAAAAGAGAGUAAGAUGAUGUACAAGAGGCGUCAUUCUGUAAAAAAUAUAUUUCUCAGCUCUUAUUUACAUUUGAACAAAAACUUUAAGUCAGAAUUUGCCAUGGGUGUGAAUAGUGUCAGGUUUGACUGUAAUGUGUAGAUGAAGUGUGUGUUCUCAGUGUUAAUGUGUGUGUGUUUCUGCUGUGCGACACUGAAGCUGAGGAGGAACCUGUUACACAACAGUGAACUGCUUCAGUCUCUGCAUCUGUGAUGCCAUGAUAAUGUGUUUCACCAAGGUUUUAUUGAUCAAAUGCUGACAGUUUCUUUCUCUGUAGAUUUGGCUGAAUUAUUGACUUUUAGUUGUGUGUUUUUCAUUGUCUGAAGUGUUAUAAAUAAGCUGAUAAUAAAGUGUUGGGUUGAGUUUUUGCUGUGAA